UAAAAAAAAAAUAUAAAUGACAAGAUUCGCCCCUUGAAAUCGGAAAAGCUUAAUCCAGUCAAGAGUCGCUUGUGGCUAUCCCGUCAAAACUGGGCUCAGGGCAAACCUUCCACGGGAUAAUGGGAUGUCAACGUGACGGUAGUCUUUAUCUUGUCCUGACGGUUUGCUGACGGCAGUGGCUUCUAAUCGCUGUGAUAAAAGUUCAAAGUUUGCCUGAAUCCCCGGCGGUAUCACCAUGCUGCAUUGAAUAAAGUCAGGCGUUAGCGUGGAUAACCGCACCGAUCGUGACGCUCGGCCUCUCAAUCACAGCCCACCCUGUGCGCGCUCACAGCAAAGCCCAUCUUCAGUCCCCAGUAAGCUCCUGCUUCUUUUUGCCUUUCAGUUUCAAAGGGGACUUCACUUCAGACUUCCCGCCCUCGACCCGACGAUGUGGUGGUUACUUCUUUUGGCUCUCCCCCUGGGCAGCCUCUUCUACAUCUGGUUUUAUUAUCUGAAGGACGCGCUUUUCUCCAGCAGUGCAGUGAGGCCAUCGAGACCGCUAGUGACGGACCAGAGGGUACGGGACAAGAUCCUCAAGCAGGGCUUCACUUCCCAGAGGGUCCCAGCUAACCUGGACGCCAUUGUGAUUGGCAGUGGCAUUGGCGGUCUCACUGCAGCAGCAGUUUUGGCAAAAGCCGGUAAAAAGGUUUUGGUUUUGGAGCAGCAUGACCAGGCAGGAGGCUGUUGCCACACCUUUGUGGAGAAGGGAUACGAGUUUGACGUGGGAAUCCACUACCUGGGACAGCUCCAUGAGAAUGGCAUGCUGAGGGUCAUCCUGGACCAGAUCACUGAGGGGCAGCUGGACUUUGUGCGGCUUGAUGAGCAUUUCGACACAGUUGUCAUUGGUGAGAAAGAUGCCAAGCGGAAGUACCACCUACGCAGUGGCAAGAAUGAGUUUGCAGAUAAUCUUUGCCAGCAAUUCCCAGAGGAAAAAGAGGCCAUCAACAAGUUCAUGAAGUACAUGAAGCAGGCGGCACGUCAGACCCCCUUGCUCGCCAUUCUAAAGAUGAUCCCGCUGCGACUGGCACGCUUCCUCAUCUGGACCGGCCUCGUCCACUGGGUCUCGGACAUUUACAAACUGGCUGCCACCAGUCACGCCGAUUUUCUGAACCGGCUAACACAAGACAAGGACCUCCAGGUUGUGUUCACCUACUUGUUCUACGGGGUCUCUCCCCGCGACUCCAGUUUUGUGAUUAAUGCCUUACUGCUCCAUCACUACAAGAGAGGCGCCUGGUACCCCCGGGGUGGAGCCAGCGAGGUCGCCUUCAACAUCAUCCCAGUCAUCCAGAAGGCAGGGGGCGCUGUGCUGGUUCGAGCUCCUGUCCAGCGUAUUCUGGUCAACGCAGACGGCUCGGCGUGUGGGGUCGUCGUGAAGAAAGGUGAUGAAGAGGUGGAUCUCCGGGCCCCAGUGGUCAUCUCGAAUGCUGGGAUCUUUAACACUUUUGAGCGCUUCCUUCCGAUGGAACUGCGAUCCAGUCCUGAGAUCCAGUCUCGGCUCUGCACGGUCCAGCAUGGCAUGGGCUCAUUUCUUGUCUUUGUGGGGCUCAAUGGGACCAAAGAAGAGCUGGGCAUCCCGUCCACUAACUUCUGGAUGUACAAGGACAACAACCUUGAUGCUUUGAUGGAGCGCUACAGCACGCUGAAACGGGAGGAGGUGGCGGCCAACAUCCCCAUGAUGUUCAUCACAUUUCCAUCAGCCAAGGACCCUUCGUUUGAAGUCCGACACCCAGGCAAGUCGUGUAUGACCCUGCUGACCAUGGCUCGCUUCGAGUGGUUUGAAGAGUGGCAGGACAAGCGAGUGAAGAACAGGGGUAACGACUACGAGCGCCUCAAGAUGGGCAUCGCCCAUGCCCUCAUUAAAUGGGCCACCGAGAUGUUCCCUCAGAUUGAAGACAAGGUUGAUUUUGUGGAGGCGGCGACGCCGUUGUCCAAUCAGUUCUACCUGGGGUGCCCCCGAGGUGAGAUGUAUGGCGCAGAGCACAACUUGGGCCGCUUCAGAACGGACAUCAUCGCCAGCAUGCGGGCUCAGACGCCCGUUAAGAACCUGUACCUGUCGGGUCAGGAUGUGUUUUGUAACGGCUUUGCGGGGGCUUUACACGGGGGCCUCAUCUGUGCAUCGGCCAUUCUCAACCGCAUCGUCUACAUUGACCUCGUCCUGCUGAAGAGGAAGCUGAAAAAGCAAAAAGCUCGAAAGCAGGCUUAAGUGGCUGACGCCCCCUGCUGGAUGCCACUGGCAAGAAGCCCCCUUUUUAAAUUGUUAAUCUGGACACUUAAUGGACUGGACCUGAAUUGGUGGGACUCCUGGAGUGAAGGCCAGCUUUGUGUCGUCUCAAGGGUCCAGUGAUUGUGGACCUCCGGGGCAGAACAGGGUGACCAUGAAGAUGGGGUUAAGAGUGGAAAUGCCAUUGGCUGACAUGCCCCUGCUGCCACCCGUGGCUCUCCCAUUCUGCCCAUUUCUAUGUUUAAAGAACUUUGGGCCACCAUUCACCUGAAAGGUGGUAUUUGAUGCCCCAUUUUUGUAGCCCCUCACUUGAGUAGAGAAGUAUGGCAGUGGCCCUGAGCAUUGGAAGUGUAAACGCCAUGGGCUGAGAUCCCACUUCUGACACCAAUGUCUCCCUUGUUAUGACAAUCUCUAUGUUGAGAGUACUUUGGGGGGCUGUUCAUUAGAAAGGCUCUCUCUGAGGUCCCACUUCUGUGCCCCCCCCCCCCCCCCCCAUGUGCCCAUCAUCCUAUCAAUUCAAUUCAGUUUGUAUUUUGGGCCACAGUUUGCUACAUCUGCUGUGCCAAGAUCCCCCGCACUCAAGGACGACAGUGUGAUAAUGGACGUGGGCUUAAAAGUCGGGGUCUGAUAUUCCACUUCUGCCCAAAUGUCUCCCAGACUCUUAAUUUGUAUGUUUGGACCACUGUUUACCUGAAAGGCGCUAUAUGACAUAUUGGCUAAAAACUGGAUGGAGCCGCAGUGUGAAAGAGAGGAAUGAACUGAUGCCAUCCAUGGCGGUGCGGGGUUGUCUGGGAGCGAAAAUCCUUUUUCAUAUCGUCCUUUGUGCCUCAGAUAGAUACUUUGAGAACUGUAGCACCCCUUCAAUGAAAAGAAGACCACCACUUGCCGUUUGUCCGACUCCCUGCUUUGGGGUGUUUAAUCCCUUUAGUACUGAAUUAAAUAACAGGUGCCUGUCAGACCCACUUGUUGUAAUUAAUGGGCACGGGGGGGAGGGGGGGGGGUUUAGAGUUUAGGGUGGCAGUCAGCAAAACACCCUGGAGGAGCUCUCGUCAUCAUCAGAAAACGUAAUAAAGCAAAACUCGCUCUCAUUCUUCAUCAAGAAGUAUAAUUAUUGUAGCUUUUAUAUAUAAAUAUAUGUUGACAUUUUGGAAAUAAUUUAUCCAAAUGGUGCUAAAGAAGAGCCGGCAGACGUUAGCCAAGGAGCUGCUGGCGCUUGUACUGGCAGGCAAACAAAGGCUGGUAGCUCGUCGUUCUUGGUUAUGUCUCCACCUAGUGGCCUCUUUUAGAAGUGCACUCUAUUCAUUGUGAGCCCAGCUCGGGACACAAAGACGGCAAACCGUCCCAACCUUCAGGCCCAAAAUCUGUGCUGUCGGUAACGUUGUUAAAAGUGACCGCGAUUGCACCGCUUCGUGACUUUUAAAAGGGGGGGGGGGGGGCGUUCAGUGGAGUCAACCGAGUCAGCAACUCGCUUAUCUUUACAAGGAGCAACGUGCCCUAAACUUGAUUGGUGUCUCGGUUAUCCAUUAGUGAUAAGAAAGCUGGUACAGACUGAUAUUUUUAUACAUUUGUAAAUCUCGGCCUCGCUCUGCGUGCACUUCAGAAUUUAUAAAAUGUGUGCUGUGUUGGGUAACAUGCUAACGUCGUGGCUGGCACCUGGGUUCAAAUCCUUCCUCGCUGUCGGCCAGGGUGACAUCUGCGUGUUCUCCCCAUGACAUUGUGGGUUUUCCCCUGGUACUUUUAAUUGUCACAUCCAUGGAGAUGCAACGGUUAGGUGAGUGCCAACUCAAAAUGGGCCAAGUGUGAGUGAGUCACAGACUGGCACCACCUGCCGGGAUAAUUCCUGCCUCAUACCCUGAACCCCCACACCCCGACCCAGGUGAACCUAAAACCAGAAUAAGCCGGGUAAGUGGAAAGCUUUUAACCUUCAUGGCCGUGUUUUACACAAUCUGCUGCUUUGCCAUGCGAUUCAAAACGUGAUUUUACAACUCGCCAUUAUAAAAGUUCAACGUGAAAAAAGCGAUUACUGAAAUUACAAUAAAAUUAUAAAGAAGUUUGGAUUGCACAGUAUCUUUGCACACUUAACAAAAAGCUGGAUGAAGCCACGUCAGCAGUAGUGAGGUGAGGUGACUGGGACCCCCUAACCCCAAAAGGAGACAAGUGCAGUCCACGACAGUAUAACUCUGUUUUAUAGUGCCUUUCACAUCUAUUUUUAUAUCUUAUAGCGCCUUUCAUGCCUAUCUUAUGUAUUGUAUUCUGCCGUUCAUACUGCACUCUAAUAAACUGCCUUUGAUAUCAGUUACAUGCAGCUUUGUCCAUCACAUAUUGCCCUUCACGUCUGUAUAUUGUAAAGGAGGAUGCAGGCAGACUGGCAACUGAGCUGGUUUGGUGGGUGGAUGCCCAAGGAAUGAAAGUGUGAGAAACUGCCAGAACGCCAGGGGGCAGCAUACAUCUCUUGUCACACCUCCUGGGGAUUUCCUCAGAGCUGCAUGGGAAUUGUAGUCCUAAUGGGCAGCACUACUGCGUUCUUAGGCGCCAUUAGGGGGAGCUGUGGGGAGAAAGAAACUGAGGUGGCAGUGACAGUGGCAGUGGCGGCUCCCCUGAACAAGACGUUCUUCUCAGUCACAGUAUGGUGGCAUCAGAAGUACC